AUGGGGAAGAUGCUUCCUGCAAAGGUGGGACUUGGGGGGGUCCCUGUAGGGGCUGGUUUGGACCCAUCCUGUAGAGGAGGUCCUAUAGGAGAUGUGGGUCCUGCCCCGUGUCCCAAAAGCUCCCACUCGCCCCCCUGGCCAUGGGGGUCUGGCAACGGCAGCAGCAGGCAGUGGCCCACAUGGGCAAAGUCCAAUCUGUGUCCCCAUGUCACCCUGCUGACGUGUGUCCCCCACCCCCUGGGGAUCACUGGCAAAUCACUGCUGGGGGCCAGGUGGGAGCGGGGCUGGGGGGCUGCCCCCCAAGCACUGACCCCUCUCCUGCCACUCUCCCCAGGCAUCUAUGUCUGUGCCAAGUGUGGCCAUGAGCUCUUCUCCAGCCGUGCCAAGUACGAGCACUCAUCCCCCUGGCCAGCCUUCACCGAGACCAUCCAUGAGGACAGCGUGGCCAAGCGCAAGGAGCGCCCGGGGGCUUUAAAGGUCUCUUGUGGCAAGUGUGGCAACGGGCUGGGCCACGAGUUCCUCAACGACGGGCCAAAGAGGGGGCAGUCCCGCUUCUGAAUAUUCAGUAGCUCGCUGAAAUUUGUCCCGAAAGGCAAAGCAGACAACGACCUGAAGGAGAAGUAAGCGAGCUGCUCGACUUGGCACACUGCUCUUGGGCUCAUCUGGUGUUCACACCUUGGGGGGCACCCUCUGGUCAAGGAGGCUCCGGGAGCAAGAGAAACUCCAAAGAAGCUCCUGGUUUCCCCGGGCUGGUUCCCCCUCAGGGCUGCUCUGAUUUGGGAUGCUGGGAGGAGCACGGGGGAGGUGGGGGGAAAAGGGGACUGCUGAAGCUCUGCACUUGCUGGGUGGUGGGUUGUGUCACCUGUGCCUGGGGGUGUUUCACACUAAUUGGGGUGACACAAAGGCUACAGCUCUUAAUUUUACCCACUUUUUCCCCCUCCUCGACUGUCUCUUCUCCCCAGCAUCCUUAUCGCUGCCGAUAGCAGCUACUACUGGUCCUUUUGGCUUUCUCCAUUAAGGCAGCACACAUGCCUGCUGUCCUGCCUCUGCUGAGCUCUGCAGCGGUUUUGCUGUUGACUUCAGCCGAGCCAGGACACUCUCCAGACCACAGCCAGGAGGGGCCCAUUCCGCCACGGCACCCACGCAAUGCAGAGUGGCUCCGCUGGCAUUUCCAGGGAGUAACGCUGGAUUAGCUGAGGUCAGAGCCUGGGUUAAUCUCUGGUGCUAUUCUGGGCUGGGAUCAUGGUAUGAAUUGCCCUAUAUAAACCCUUCCAGGAUGCUAGGGCAAGGAUGAUUUUAUGAUUCCCCCUGACAGCAUCCAGGUAUUUUACCCCUCUGCCCAUCUUGCACACAGUAGAGACAGUUCUAGUAUUCCCACAUCCUCUGGGCUUGAUCCUGACUUGGCCUUACACCAGGUUUAUCACUGUGCUAUAAACUCCAGGGCCACUAACGGUUCCUCCUCGUGGUGCGAGGGAGGCCAGCAUCGGGCUCACGGGCUGCACUUUUGCACAACUCAGGCUUUAGGAAUCACAUCAGCCACUCCCUUUGCGCUCAGAAGGGCCAUGGCACUGAUUUCUCCUUAAUUCAGCAUCUGAUCUGUGGCCUUCCCUCCCCGCCCACAAACCAAAUCCUCUUGGAAAUCCGUACACAAGGGUUUUUGAAGAUGGCAAAAAUCUUUUGGUGACCCGUGGACCUGGUGGGGUGACUCCAGUGCGAUGUGUGGGUGGGUUGGUGGGGCUGUGCUGCUGCUGUUAUGGUCCAGCUGCGCUCGGGGCACAUGAGGGACUUUUCUCCUCAUGUUCUGCCUCAACCCCACCAUUAGGAGGGCACCGAUAAAAAGUGCAACGCCCCAGCUCGUUAUCUGGAGCUCACUGCUGGUCUUGUACCUCUUUCAGAACCGAAAAUAAAGCACUGAUUCACUGUGUUGGAGAAA